AUGCUUCUCCUCCCUCUCUCCAUGUUACUCCUGCUCACACAGUCCCAGAGUUCCCUGGGCGAAGAAAUGGAUGUCUAUUCUGAGAAAACACUCACCGAUCCCUGCACCCUGGUUGUGUGUGCCCCACCAGCGGAUAGCCUUCAUGGUCGUGAUGGACGAGAUGGGAGAGAAGGCCCCCGGGGGGAGAAGGGGGAUCAAGGGCCUCCAGGUAUGCCUGGUCCAGCUGGAAGAGAGGGCCCCUCAGGGAGGCAGGGGAGCAUGGGACCUCCAGGCACACCAGGCCCCAAAGGAGAACCUGGGCCCGAAGGAGGAGUGGGUGCCCCAGGCAUGCAGGGCUCCCCAGGCCCCACAGGUCUCAAAGGAGAGAAACACUCAUCCAUUUCUACUUCUCUGAUCCCAGGACCUGCUGGGGCCGUCGGUCCACAGGGGCCUUCAGGAGCCAGGGGCCCCCCAGGACUGAAGGGAGACAGAGGUACUCCUGGAGAAAAAGGAGCAAAGGGGGAGACUUCAGUCCCAGAAGUUGCUACUCUGAGGCAGCAGAUGACAAACUUAGAGGGAGUAGUACAACACCUCCGGAAUACAGUGUCUCAGUACAGGAAAGCGGUGCUCUUCCCUGAUGGCCAGGCUGUCGGGGAGAAGAUCUUCAAGACGGCAGGUGCGGUCAAAUCAUAUUCAGAUGCCCAGCAGCUCUGCACAGAGGCUAAGGGACAGCUGGCCUCCCCACGCUCUGCAGCUGAGAAUGAGGCUGUGACACAGCUGGCCAGAGCCCACAAAAGGAAUGCUUACCUGAGCAUGAAUGACAUCUCCACGGAGGGGAGGUUCACCUACCCAACUGGGGAAACACUGGUCUAUUCCAACUGGGCCACUGGGGAGCCCAACAACAGCAAUGAUGGACAACCAGAGAACUGUGUGGAAAUCUCUCCUGAGGGCAAGUGGAAUGACAUACCCUGCAGUGAGCAACGCCUCGUGAUCUGCGAGUUUUGA